AUGGACUUCACAGAGGACCUCCUGCUCAUGUCACCUGAGACUGAUGCAGCCGGCGCGUCACCUGCACCUGACGACCUCCUCCUCACCUCACCUGAUGCAGCUGUACCUGAGGACCUCCUGCUCACCUCACCUGCACCUGAUGCUGCUGGCAUGUCACUGGUCCUGGAUGAUGGAGUGAUGAUGGCAGAGGUGGAGUGCAGAGAGACAGGAGCGGAGUGGAGAUCCAUAGGAAGCGACCCCCCCGCUCCUCCAAACGCCUGUGGAAAGACUCACGUCAUCCCCAGUGCUGAUGCUGAAUAUGCGACUCAGUUCAGAGAGACGGACACUUCCAGGGGGCUGUCGACGCAUCAAGAACCAGAACUAGCUUCACACAUCCUGUCGACGCAUCAAGAACCAGAACUAGCUUCACACAUCUCAGAUUCAGCAAGAGAACAAACUGCUCUGGUGACGCCUCAUUCAGAGCCUGAAUCUGAAUCAAAACUCAGCGACCAAGAGGAAGCAGAGCAUGGAGUGAAGAGCAUCCAGCCAUCUGAUGAAGGGAGUGGAUCGGGGAGUAGAAAGGUGACGUCCCAAUCAGAGAGUGGAGAGGAGGAGGAAGAGGAGGAAGAGGAGGAGGAGGAAGAUGAAGGCGACAGAAGACCCACACAGCACCAGGAGGAGGAAGAGGAGGAGGAGGAAGAGGUGAUGGACGAAGGAGGACAGGAGGAGGAAGAGGAGGAGGAAGGAGACAGAGUCCCAGCCACACAACAGCAGCAGGAGCAGGAGGAGGAGGAAGAAGAGGAGGAGGUGAUGGACGAAGGAGGACAGGUGGAACAGCUGCCAACGCAAGAAGACAAGAAAACACCUGCUGUCACACCUCACACACAUCCAGGCGCAAUCAUCACACACUCCAGACACGAACGUGAGGAGCCACAAGCUGACGAAACGGAAAUCCUCAGAGAGGGCGAUGUAGAGUCUGAACCAGAGGUGGAUCCACAAGCGGACACAGAGUCUGAACCAGAGGUGGAUACACAAGCGGACACCGAGUCUGAACCAGAGGUGGAUACACAAGUGGACACCGAGUCGGAACGGACACGAGGGGAAGGAGACAGAAGACCCGCCACACAGGAGGAGGAGGAGGAGGAGGAAGAGGAGGACGAUGAUGAGGAGGAAGACACAGGAGACACCAACACUCAUCAAACAAUGACUGGAGAGUCCACCGACGUGGCUGAUGUGGCAGAGGAGGAGGUGGAGGAAGAGGAGGAGAAAGAUGGUGGCCUUUCAGGUGAGGAAGAGGAGAACGGAGACACAGGAGACAGUGACGCUCAUCACGUCGUACCUAUGAAGAUGGAGACCGGAGAGUCCACUGACGUGGGUGACGAGGCCUCAAGGUCAGCGCUGAAGAGGAAGAUGGACAGUGUUGUCAGAACAGAGGAAGAGGAGGAUGAGACGGACAUCACUAAGACACCGAAGAAGACGUCUGCAGCACAGGACUCCACACCACAAGUGGAGCUGUUCCCUCUGGACGUCUCCAUCCACAAGUCUCGCCUGUCCGUGAAGAACCGUCUGGCGCGCCCCCCUAGUGACCCCCGCGCCCUCCUCCACCUGCCCUCCCUGGAGCCCACUCCUCGGCCAACCGUGACCCCCGACCCCGAGGGAGCGGUGACCCCUGCAGACCGCGGAGAGCAGCAGUCCGGCCGGGGUCACCCGCACAAGAAGCCGCCCGCGUUUGGGGUGCCCAUGCCAGGGGUCGGAGGGAUGGGAGUCAAACUGCCAGGGCUUGGAGCCGCUGGGUUUCCGGUGCUCAGAAAAACCACCAGAGGAGCAAAAGAGGAAGAGAAGAUCGAGAGCUCGCAGCCACAGGUUGAGGGCAGCUCAGAGGAGGCUCCUCAGCAGAGCAAACCCAAGUGGACACCACCAAAGCACGCCAUCGGGAUGGGGAACCCUUUUAUGAUGGCUGAACUGAAGGGGAAAUUAAAGAAGACCCCAAAAGAAUAGGACGCCGCCCAGUGACCCACACUGCGUGGUCAUUCAGCCUAUAGCCUAUCUGUCAAUGCUGCAUUAUCUGUGCAAAAAUGUGGACAUGUGUGAAAGCCUGAUGUUUGUACAAAAAAAAGUUAAUUAAAGCAUAAUGCACUUCUUCACAUAGGCCUACAGUGAGCAUAACUGAAAAGGCCAAUGAAAUGACAUGUAGGCCUAUGGACAGUCUUGUUUGUUUGUUUAUUUUUUCAGUCAUUGAAGAUGAAAUAAAUUGCAUGAAUGUG